AUGCUCAAGGGCCUGAGGCAGCAGGCUACAAGAGCUAGGCUUCAGGCCCUGUCAGCCACAAACCCCACCGUGCCUCUGGCGACACAGUGGGGUGCGACGGGCCUGGAGCCGGCAGACCAGCCCGCAGACCAGCCCGCAGACCAGUCCGCAGACCAGCCCGCAGACCAGCCCGCAGACCAGCCCGCAGACCAGCCCCCAGACCAGCCCGCAGACCAGCCCGCAGACCAAGUUCCAAGGGAGGAGGUAGUGCACGAAGUCCCCACAGCCCCAGAGGAGCAGCUGGUAGCUUACCCUCCUACAGACAUUUUGGCCGAAGCGCUCCACGAGGCCCUGCAUGUCGUGUACGAACUCCCCACAGCCCCAGAGGAGGAUCUGGUCGCCCCGGACUGGGAGCUGGCUACCCCGGACUGGGAGCUGGUCGGCCAUGAGGAGGAGGUGGUGGCCACGCCCUCCGUGCUUUUUAUGACCUCACAGAUGAAGAGCUCCACGUGGACCUGCAUGUUGUGCACAAAGUCCCUGGAGCAAUGGAGGAGGUGCUGGCCGCCUCGGACUGGGAGCUGUGUGCGCCGGAGUGGGAGCUGGUCAUGCACGAGGAGGAGGUGGUUACCUCUCGGCCAAGCACGCCUUGACAAGUUUUUUUUUUUUUAGUUUUAAAGUUUGAUUUGUAAAUUAUUUUGGUUUGAUCAUUUUGGAUAUUGUACAGUUUUUUAAGGUUUUGCGUGUUUGUUUUGAUUUGUUUGAAUUUUUAUACGUUUUUGCAUGUUUGUUUUGAAGUGUUGUGUGCUUUUUAUAAGGAGUUUUGUUAUUUAUUUUUAUAGUAUGUUUUUCUUAGUGUGUUUAAUAUUUAACUUUU